AUGAAACUACUUAAGCUAGAUUAUUAUAAUGGAGAAAUAUAUGAAAAGUAUAAAAUAAAUAACAUAUUAUCUCUUCUUGUGGAUAAUAAUAAAUUUCAAAAUGAAAGUGUAGAUUUUCAUGAGAUAAGCAAUAAAAAGAAUAAUUAUAGUAUAAUGGCUAUUUUAGGAAGUCAAAUUAAAAAUUUAAAUGAUGAUAUAUAUAAAGAUAUUGAUACGAAUGAUAUAAUAUUAGCUUUGUCUAAAUUAAAAAAAACAGACGAAGAAAUUUUAAUAAAUGAAAGUCAAAAUAAAAAUUACAUUUUAGAAUUAGCUGAACAAAUUUAUUAUGAAUAUUUUCAAAGAGGCUUAAUAAAAAAUGAUCAUAAUUUUCAUUUAAAUAAUAAUAAGAAGAACUUUAUUCAAAUUAAUCUUGAACUAAUGAAUGAAAUUAAUAGAGAAAUAAAAAAUUAUGAACAUAAAAUUCAUAAUUUACAUUCAUAUUCAGAGAAUGCACAAACAAAAAAUGAUGCACCUAACAAUGAUUUGUUAAUGUAUUAUAAUGAAGAUGUGGAUAAUAAUACUGAUUCGCAUUUGAAUGAUAAUAAUUUUAAUUAUAAUGUGAAGCACAUAAAAUAUAAUGAUCAAAAUAGAAUUUUCUUAAACGAUCAUACACAUAAUAAUAAUAAUAAUAAUAAUAAUAAUCACAAUAAUGAUCAUAAUAAUGAUCUUUUUGAUAGACCAAAUGAAAAUAAUUUUCUUAUGGAAGAAAAUGUUUUGAAAGGAGCACAUCAAGAUAUUCCUAUGAAUAAUGAUUAUGCAAAUUAUAGUCAUAUAAAAAGAGACAGCAUUCAUAACAAUCAUUAUAACAAUUAUAAAAAUAAUAUAUUCUCUGAUCAUAAUGAACUUUUUCAUUACAACAAAGAAGGUACCAAUAGUACUAACUGCAACAGUGUUGAAAAUCUAAACUAUGAUAUUAAUAUCUACAAAAAUAAUAAUAAAAAAAAUAUACAUAUUAAUAAUAAUGUUAAUAGUAAUGAAAAUUUACCUAGGGUUAGUAACCCUAAUGGUAAUAUGCGUAACGAUGGAAGGAGUAGUUAUAGAAAUUUAUCUCAGUUGAAUGAAGAAGAUAAGCAUAUAUUAUAUAAUGAUCCGAUUAAGAUGGAUUAUUUAUUAAAUAGAAAAAUAGAGUAUGAAAAGGUGGAUGAAGUUCAAAAUGCAAGUAAUAAUAAGAGUACGAUUGUGAUGAAUACUCAUAGAAUGAUGAAUAAGUUUGAUAAUAUGAACAAAAUGGAUAAUAUGAAUUAUAUGAAUAAAAUAAAUUCGGGUGUUGUUGACACAUAUGAAGAGAACAUGAAUUAUAAAUAUGACAAGAAUAAAUCAUAUGUGUUUAAUGAAGAAGAAACGUAUGAAAAUAUGAGUAAUAAAAAUAUGAACAAUAUUAUGAAAAAUCCUGGUGUAGAAGAGAAUUUUAAAUAUCAUAUGGACGACAUGGAUAAUGCAAAUAAUAUAAUAAAUGCGGUAAAUUCAGGAGAUGUUCAAGACAAUAUUAUGUAUAAGAAUAAUAAUUCUAGCAAUACCUUAAACAGUGUUCUAGAAAAUAUAGAUAAAGCUGAACAACAAAUAGUCAAGAACCAUUUAAAAAAUUCGUUGGUACAUAAUGAAUAUGUAGCUAAAAGAAUGAGUUCUUUAUUAUUAAAUCCACAAAACGUAGUUGACAAGGAGCCAUAUAAUAAUAUAAGAAAGGCAUAUGAAAAAAAUGGAGUAAUGAAUAGAGAUGAACAAAAAUAUUUUAAUGACGAUAUAUCAUUAAACAAAUAUAGUUCUACGUAUGGACAGAAAAAAAACUUUACUACAGAUACUAAUAAUAGUAGUAGUUUUAUAUUAAGUUCAAUUCACAAGCCUAAUAUGGUCGAUGAAUCAUCAUAUAGUAUAAUGAAUAAUUAUGAAAAUAAAAAGUUUCCUGUUCAAUCAAGAAAUAUGAAUACAAGAGAAAAUUAUUUACAUAAUCAGAAUUCAAAUCAUCAUUCGACAGAACGAAACCACAACAUAAAUAGUAAUAUGAUUAAUCAUAAUAAUCAUAUUAGUAAUACGACACCAUUAAACUUUGAUAACAUGAGUAAUUAUUCGAGAAAUGUCGCAAAAUCAGUUGAAUCUAAUAUGAAUAUAUACACAAAUAAAUAUUCGAGGGCACUAGACAUAAACGAUUUAAAUAGUAACAAUACCAGUAGGAAUUAUGUAAAUAGUUCAAAUAGUUUAAAGAGCGAUCUCACUAUGAUGAGAGAUAACUAUGCAAAAAUGUUAGAAAGAUCCAAAUCAUUGACAUCUCAUUUGCAUAUGGCCCCAAUUAUGCAUAAUAAAUACUUGAAAGCAAAUAUGUAA